AGACCAAAACUAGGAACACCCCAACAGUCUCCCUCUCAUUAUAUUCUUCUUCUUAUUCUUUGAAUCGAAUUCGAUUCAAUUCAAAACCCUAAUUAAAGGGUUAUUUUAUCAAUGCCGUCUUCCCAAUCCAAACCCUAAUUAAACUAUUUUUGUAUCACCGCCAAUCAAUUCAAUGGACGACGACGCCACGUCGUCGUUCGCCGAUCACAGGCUCUCCGGCUUCCUUUACGCCGUUCUCGCCGUCACUUCCCCUUACCCACCCAACAACAACCUCCUCCCCUUCGGCACCCGCUUCCGAAUCUCUCCCGACUCCUCCGUCAGCUUCAGGUCCCAAAACGACGCCGUGGUGCUCUCGCCGGUGGCUGAGAAUCCGGUUGUGGAAUGCGAGAGGAGGACGAGGACGAGGAAGAGGAGUAUUGGGCUGGUCAAUGGGAGCAUCAGCGUGGUGCACCAGCUUCACGCUUUGGUGAUGAACAAGUGCGUCAAGAUCGAUGCUUUCUUGCUUCGGGUUGAGGUUGAGCCCACCGGCGAUGGAGAAGUCAGGGCUGUGCUUCUGGUUGAUGUCUAUCUCCCAAUUCAGUUAUGGAGUGGUUGGCAGUUCCCGAAAUUGGGCUCUGUCGCCGGCUCCCUGUUUCGACACUUGAGUUCCGACUGGGCAGAGAGAAGUGCAUUGCUUGCUGACAAAGAUUAUCUUGAAAAUAAUCUAGGAGGUGGCAGAAACAUAUGGAAUCUUUCUGACUGCCAUGUUUUUGGAUGCAAGCGGCAUCAUAAUUUCACUGAUUCUUCGAAGAAGAAGCUUUUUGAGCUUCAUGAAAUUUUUAAGAGUUUACCUACCAUGGCAGAGACAGGAAACCCUAAUUCUUCUAGAAUACAACCAGUUGAUGACUCUUGUGAGGCUGGUAUUUGGGAUAUAUCAGAUGACAUAUUACUAAAUAUUCUAGCUACACUCAACCCAGUGGACCUUGUUAGGGUGUCUGCAACUUGUUGCCAUUUGAGAAGCUUGGCUGUGUCGAGCAUGCCAUGCAUGAAACUCAAACUGUUUCCCCAUCAGCGGAUAGCAGUUGAAUGGAUGCUUCAACGUGAGAAAAAGGCUAAAGUUCUGCCCCAUCCAUUGUAUCUAGCUUUCUCAACUGAAGAUGAAUUUUCUUUCUGUAUUAACACUAUUUCUGGAGAAAUUGUCACUGGUGAAGCUCCCACUAUCAGUGAUUUUCAUGGGGGAAUGUUCUGUGAUGAACCUGGCCUAGGAAAGACCAUAACUGCUCUUUCGCUUAUUCUGAAGACACAAGGAACUCUGGCAACUCCUCCAGAUGGGGUACAAGUGAAUUGGUGUACUCAUAAUGGAGACCAGAGAUGUGGUUAUUAUGAGCUUGAUGGUGAUAAUGUUGGUGUUACUAGUAUGCUCCCAAAAAAGAGGGAUAUGGGUACAGAUCAUAAUGGUCUUGAUGAUUCCAAAUACUGCCGAUCUAAAAGAGCCAGGCUACUUCUGGAUGAACGAAUUCCAGGAUUCUCCAACUCAUGUCCUGGCAAAGUAAUGAAAACACCAGCAGCAUCUGAUUCAGGAGUGUGUGCAGUUCGAUGCACUAGGAGUUUAGGUGGCAUAAAAAAAGAUCUUUUGCCAUCAUUUCAAGGAGCAUCCGGCUCCAAACAAGCAAAAGCUGGAAAAAACUUGGGUAGAUUGUCCAACGACAACUGGGUUCAGUGUGAUGUAUGCCGUAAGUGGCGGAAGCUCCCAGAAAGCAGUAUUGCUGACGCUAGCGCGCCAUGGUUUUGUAGCAUGAAUUCUGAUCCCUUCUACCAGAGUUGCAGUGUUCCAGAAGAAUCCUGGGAUAAUUGCGAGCCAAUUACACAUUUACUUGGAUUUCAUACCAAGGGAACAGCUGGAGGAGAGGAACAAAACGUGUCGUUUUUCAUUAGUGUGCUUAAGGAGAGGUAUGCCUUGAUUAAUUCUAUUACAAAGAAAGCCCUAUCCUGGUUGGCUAAACUUUCUUCUGACCAGGUCUCUGUUAUGGAGACAAUUGGUCUGCGAAGUCCUUUCGUAAGCUCUUGUGUAGAGUUGGGUGAUGCCUUUCUGUUUCAGGAAUUAUUUCAAGCAUUUGGUCUCAAAAGAAGAGUAGAAAAGGGUGUUAUCAAAUGGUGUUACCCUCAAAGUCUUAACAACAUGAGUUUUGAUGUUGCUGCUCUCAGAAUUGCUCUUUCCGCGCCAUUGAACUCAGUGAGGCUGUAUCUUUCAAGAGCAACUCUAAUUGUUGUCCCAUCAAAUUUAGUUGAUCACUGGGCCACCCAAAUUCAGAAGCAUGUCAGGCCUGGUCAGCUGCGAGUUUAUGUUUGGAGUGACCAUAAGAAGCCCUCUGCGCACAGUCUGGCAUGGGAUUAUGAUGUUAUCAUAACCACGUUCAAUCGGUUGAGUGCAGAAUGGGGGCCCCGUAAAAAAAGUGCACUAAUGCAAGUGCAUUGGCUCAGAGUCAUGUUAGAUGAAGGGCAUACUCUUGGCUCAAGUCUUAGCUUGACAAACAAAAUGCAAAUGGCAGUUUCGUUGAUGGCUUCAAACCGUUGGAUUUUGACUGGAACUCCAACUCCUAAUACACCCAAUAGUCAACUUUCACAUCUUCAGCCAUUGCUUAAGUUCCUGCAUGAGGAAUCUUAUGGGCAAAAUUACAAGUCAUGGGAAGCUGGGAUCCUUAGGCCUUUUGAAGCAAAGAUGGAAGAAGGACGAUCACGUUUGUUGCAUUUACUACAUAGGUGCAUGAUUAGCGCUAGAAAGAUGGAUAUGCAGACUAUUCCACCCUGCAUUAAGAAAGCUACGUUUCUUGAUUUUGCUGAGCAACAUGCAAGAAGUUACAAUGAAUUGGUAGAGACAGUUAGGCGCAAUAUACUUUUGGCCGACUGGAAUGAUCCUUCUCAUGUUGAGAGUCUUCUGAAUCCAAAGCAGUGGAAGUUUCGGAGUACAACAAUAAAAAAUGUUAGGCUAUCCUGCUGUGUGGCCGGGCAUAUAAAAGUAACAGAUGCUGGCGAAGAUAUUCAGGAAACAAUGGAUAUUUUAGUUCAAAAGGGUCUAGAUCCCAUGUCAGAGGAAUAUGCUUUAAUAAGAUAUAAUAUUAGUUAUGGUGGCAACUGUGUCAGAUGCAAGGAAUGGUGUCGUUUACCUGUCAUUACUCCAUGCAAGCAUCUUUUGUGCCUUGAUUGUGUUGGUUUGGACAGUGAGAGGUGUACUUACCCUGGGUGUGGCAACUUAUAUGAGAUGCAAACUCCUGAUACACUAACUCGGCCAGAAAAUCCAAAUCCUAAGUGGCCUGUUCCCAAGGAUCUUAUUGAGCUGCAACCCUCAUAUAAACAGGAUGACUGGGAUCCUGAUUGGCAGUCAACAUCUAGCAGUAAAGUCUCUUAUCUUGUAAGGAGAUUGAAAGCAUUGCAGGAAUCUAAUAGCAAAGUUGAUUGCCCUACAAAUGUCAAGAAUAGUGCUAUGGACACCAAUAAUUUAAUUUCACUGUCUGAGAUGGGUGAUUCAAGAGAAUUGAUACAAGUUCAUGGCUUUAGAUGGGGCGCCAUGACUCAUGAAACAAAUUUGGAUAAAGUCUUGGUUUUUUCUCAAUUUCUUGAGCAUAUACAUGUGAUCGAGCAGCAGUUGACCAUUGCUGGUAUCAAAUAUGCUGGGAUGUAUAGUCCUAUGCAUUCUAGCAACAAGAUGAAGUCACUGGCUAGUUUCCAGAAUGAUGCUAGCUGCAUAGUUCUUUUGAUGGAUGGAAGUGCUGCAUUGGGUCUCGAUUUGAGCUUCGUAACACAUGUAUUUUUAAUGGAACCAAUAUGGGACAGGAGCAUGGAGGAACAAGUCAUUAGUCGUGCUCAUCGGAUGGGUGCUACUCGUCCUGUACACGUGGAAACUCUGGCAAUGCGUGGCACUAUUGAAGAGCAAAUGCUGGAGUUCUUACAUGACUCUGAUGAGUGCCGCAGAGUCUUAAAGGAAGAGACUGGAAAAUCUGACCAAGGGGCACGAACUCAACGUUCCUUACAUGAUUUUGCUGAUAGAAAUUAUCUUUCUCAUCUUAGCUUUGUACGGACAAGUGCUCAGAUGUAAGAGUUGAAAGCAGUUCAGUGAGAAACAAGCAGAACAGUGGUGGACGGCAAGAACAUCAACCUUACAUUGUUAUUGUUUCUGUGAUUCGGUGACCUCCUAUUCUUUUCUAUAAUUGUGGAAUCUGGUAUUCUUUUGCAGUGAAGGCUAGGUAGGGUUGUAAACUAGUUGCAAGUAUGAAAAAUAGCUUUUCCUACCCUUGUAAUUUAUAAUGGAGAAAGCUAGAAAAGAGUUGAUACAAUUGAAUAGCUUUCAGAAAAUUUUCUUAUUUUUUGGUUACCAUGAAAUAAAAGGGUGAAACUUUAACUAUGGCAUAG